AUUAAUAAUAAAAUUUUUAAUUUUAUCAGCAUGAAAUCGGUUAUUGAGCGCUACAACAAACUGAAAGAGGAACAUCAACAGCUCUUGAAUCCUGGAUCUGAAGUCAAGUUUUGGCAAAGGGAGGCAGCAAGCUUGCGGCAGCAACUCCAAUACUUGCAAGAAUGCCACAGGCAAUUGAUGGGAGAAGAACUUUCGGGUCUGAGCAUUAAAGAUCUACAAAAUCUGGAAAACCAAUUGGAGAUGAGUUUGAAGGGUGUUCGCAUGAAGAAGGACCAAAUUCUAACUGAGGAAAUCAAAGAACUAAACCAGAAGGGAUAUCGCAUUCAUCAAGAGAACCUAGAGCUGUAUAAGAAGGUAGCUCUCAUCCGUCAAGAGAAUACUGAACUAAAAAAAAAGGUUUAUGCAACAACUAAUGUGAACGAAGCAAACAAAGGCGCCUACUCUCCAUACACUCUCGGCAACAGAUAUGACAUGCAUGCUCCUGUUCAUCUCCAAUUAAGUCAGCCCCAGCCCCAUAAAAAUGAAACACCACCACAACCAAUGAAGCUGGGACUACAACUGCACUAGCCAAGUACUGUAUUAACUGCAUAGAUGAGCAUCAGGCAAUUACAGCCAGCAACAAAUUUGACACAUUCAGAACAAUCAACUUCUACCAGUGAGCUCUCAAACUUCCGCUGCUAGAUAAAAUACAAUAGCAAAACAUAUUAGAUUUGGUAUGAGAUUAUUUGAAUUCCUGUGAGGUGAACCAAUCAUCUCAGUGUGUAAAUUUGAAAUAAUGGACAUUAAUGCCCUGGGUAUUAGUCUAGGUGCUCUUCGAUUUUGUUCAAUCAGUCUAUUGAAUUAUUUUGUGCAACUGCACAAUUUAGUUGUGUUUUAUGGGGAAUGAUAUCUUGGAAUAAAUAAUCAACUUUUAGAAGUGGAAGCAUAAGUUCUUCGAUCUAAUGAAAGGAAGAAGAAAUAGAUAGGAAAGAAAACAUUGUUUCAGAAAAGGAUCUCCAGUUUCAUUGUUUCAGAAGCUGACCUGUUUGAUUGGCAGUAUUGUAAAGUGUAAAGCACAAACAAACUCACUAAUCAAUGCAACAAGGUAUAUAAGUAAUAUUUCUUGGAUAGACCUUCAAUUAACAUGCACAAUACUGCUCACUGCUCUUGUAUUUUAAUUUUUUUUUUCUGCUGAGGGUAGUGCUAAGUGAAAUAAGAAAGAUCUGCAAAGAAAAUACUUCAGAUUGUAACUGUAGAAUUAAGACAAAAGUUAAGAACCAUAUAAUAAUCCAAGAAUCUAUUAAAAAAACACUUUUUGUUACUUUAUCAUAAAAUAGCUUAUAUUUUGGUAUAGGUUGGUUAAAAUAAAAAGCUCGUUUUCUUGUAUUUAUUAAAUUGAUUAUUUUUUAAAAAGAUAGUGAAAAAUUAUUAUCUUACAAUUAAUUAUCAGCUUCAGCACACACACUAUUUAGUAUGAACGCAAGGGGAAAAACCAGGAAAAGAAUUAUUUCUCCUAAAUGAGCAGGAACUCUACAAAUAUAACAUCAAAUAAUACACUAUAGAUGUUGACACGAAUCUGCUACUCACAAGAUUAAAACAAUCUUUGGUUAGAUAUUCUGAAUCUGUACGCACAUUAAUAACAGUCAUGCUCAAAUAGCUGCCAAAAGUAACAAACCAGUUUCUUAAGAUCCCACUUUCAAGGUACAGAAAUUUGACCUUUAAGAUCCACCAAUGUCCACAAAACCCUUCUUGCUGUUUCCCCAACCAACUCACUUCACAGGUAUUUACAGUGAAAUAAUUGUUGUUACACUGGAAUGGACUUUCAAGUCAAAGGAAAGAAAACAUUUCACAAGCAAGCAGCUUAUAAACAGUAAAGUCUGCAGCAAAAUAUCAGAACUAUAUAGGCCCAGUAGGAAAAGUCGGAAUGGUAAGGCCUGGUGGGGAAACAUGACAUGGCAAACGGCUUUGCUGACAAUCUCAAGUCUCAAUAAUCAAUUCAAUUUCUCAAUAACCGAUGAAUAACAAUCUUAUGCUCAUUAACAACAAAAUAGCACUCAGAUAAUAAAACAAUUUCAAGAUAUCCUUUUAUGUCUAGAAACUAAAUAGAAAAAUGCUAGAAUCAUAACCAAAUAAGAAAUAAUAAACUUAUACUAAUGGUAAGCUUAUACUUAGUAGUUCUAAGUAAAUUAAAUAUUUUUUUAGCGUAAAAAUGAAUAUAUUAUAAACAAAGGUACCAAGAAUGUGCACUUCACAUGCAUCAUAAAAGAAAACAAAAUUUAUACAAGGCAAGCUAAGAUAUCAAGAAUGUGCACUUCACAUGCAUCAUAAAAGAAAACAAAAUUUAUACAAGGAAAGCUAAGAUAUCAAGGAUAUCCCUAAUGAUCCCUGAAUGUAGCUGAAUUAUGUCCAAUAGCCUCAAACACUCCACUGUUUCUUUCUUUCCAAAUGGACCAGAAAACGACAUGGGAGAUGAGGAUAAGGAAUCAAUCCUUGCCUUUAUGGGCAAAGAACCCAUCUCAAAGCCAAUAGUUCCGUCUAAAUAGAUCCACUCAUUACCCAUAAGAUCCCUGUUAAACCGAGAGUCAAAUCCUGUAGACUUCUCCCAUCACAUCACCCUAAAAGAAGAUGGUUUAUGGAGUCAUUACCUAAUGUUCAGAGAGGCCACUUUUCGAAAAGGAUAAAGCCUCUUUUUUUGCAAGAUAUGCAUGCUGAGGAUAUGGCACCAAAACGGCUUCCCAUGCAAGAAGGCAGCAUGAGCAGAUGCUUAAAUUUUCAUAUUCGUUUCCAACUAUCUGUGGUUCGCCAUGAUUAAGGAGUGGAUGGUAACAGGAUUCAACAGUAAAGGAACCACUCUUAGACAAAUCCCAUAUAGCUUCAUUCUCAUUAACAAGGACAAGGAAGGAUAAGUCUAAAGCAGCGAGCAAAUUGGCCAUCUCUUGUAUACCCAUCAUUGAGGUUGCAAGAGGGAACAAUGUUUCAAGUAGUAAUCAUCACAAACAAGUAAUUUUUUUUUUUUUAAAUAAAAGUAUAAUAUGUAUUGCUAUAAGCACCAAAUGGUGCAGAUUAUGAACAAUUAUUUACAGCUUAAUCCUCCAAACAGAAAGUGUUCCUAAACAUUUGGACCAUAAUCAGAGGAUGACCUGAAAGCAAAAAUUCUAGGGUCCUAAGCCAUCUAUUUUUCAGUACGACAAAACCCUUUGUAUCCUCUAUUCCUUCAAAAGCUCUACAAUUCCUAACUUUCCAUACAACCCACAAAAUACUAAGAGGAAUAAUGUCUGCCAAAAAACAGCAGCUUUUCAAACUCUCUCAAGCCCGAAUCUCCUCCCUUACUGAUCCCGACAUAACCCAGCUGAUCCCUAGGCAUCUGUACACCCCACACCACAGUGGAUAAGUAGCAGGACAGUGAAGCAGAAGGUGGCAGCAAGGCUCUUCAGCCUGUUUGCAUAGGUAGCAAGCAUUAACCAAAGUGAGACCCCUUCUUUUUAAUUUAUCAAUUGUUAAUAUACACUCCCUGCUAGCUUCCCAAGCGAAA